AUGCAUAUUGACCCGAACGAUCCGAACUCGCCGACUGCUGACCCGGACUCAGUAUGGAUUGGAUUGUGCGAAGAAGACGAUAACGCAGCUACUUGGUGCAAAACAUUUUUCUCGGACUAUGUCGAAAACUCAGUGAGAUUGGUUAUGGACCUUGGGCCAGAGGAGUGGGUGCCCAAGAGGAUGCUUAACUGCGCAAGCACGCUCCUUGCAAUGUGGCGAAAGCUUGUCAAAGAGGCAGAUCUCACGGUCUUAGCAGUGAAAAGAAAAGAAGAAUCUGCGAAAAGUGAAAAGUGGAGGCUUCGAUUUCAUAGCCACAACGCCAGGGCGCCGACGUCCUCGAUUCCUACGUUUGACAUAUCCCUGUGGCUUUGGACAACUCUGGCAGAAGAACACGGACUUAUCAAAGUGCUUACAUUUGAUAAGGUGGAGGCAACCUCUGAAGAUACCAUUAUAAGUUGCCAUACCCUUUGGAAGCGCGCUCGUGAGCUGGCCAUCGAUGCGAAAUCUCGCAUCGCAUUUCAUGCCAAUAUGCUUUUGUCCGCAAUGGCUGGUUUUAGGCCAGGAUGUUUAGAGAAUGUUCGCUAUAGGGAUAUCGUUAUAUCAGUCAUACGAGACCCGCAAGAUCAUACGAAAAUCAAACACGUGGGAACUGUGACGAUAAAGACAAACAAGACGAAGGAAUCUCUCUCAUCCAGCCAAACCGACAAGGUUAGCUUUUCCGUCUUCUUCAUACCAUUCCCAUUAGUAUGCCUUCUCAGUCUUAUUGUGUCACGGGCACUUCAAGACAAUGCAUUUGAAGCUGGUUACGUGAAUGAAGAGGAAUUCUUAACACGACCAAAUCUCGGGGAUGUCGACUACAUCCCACUACCUUGGAAGAAAGAGAUGCUAGAUCAAAAAGUCUUUGAUCUCUCCUAUCGACAAUUUAAUGCCAUUUGGCAUAAGUUAUGCAUGUUUUGGGGUUGCAGGGGGGACCCACCACGUCUGUAUACGAUGCGUGUUGGAGCCGUUGCAAGACUGGACAAUAAUCCCCUCUUCUCAAGGGCUCUGAGCAAUUUCAUCUUGAAACAUACGACAGCGGUAAUGGGGACUUCAUAUCAAACAACGCGAGUUAGAGAAGACUUAUUACAAGCGGCAUUCGGCCAGAGAACCGGAAGCGACAAUGGCACCCUUUUUGCAUUCCUUCGAAACAUGUCCCUAACUCGAGACCCGAAUGCACCAAUCAGGCUUGCUCCAGAUGAUUGGGUCGAGUUCAAUAAGCGUAGAGAUGCGACUGAAUUGCGCACAGCUAAGGCUGAAGCCCAAAAAGAAGGCGAUACCGGCUAUUUGAAGAUUAUGACUUCGAGACUCAAAUCUCUGCGCAUUACAUGGAAUGCCUUGAAAUUGCAGAUAAGAGAAGAAAAUAUCUCGAAGAAGCCGAUCGAGCACGAGCACAGGGACUACAGCCGCCUCGCAGAGGAGCAGGAGGAGCAGGAGGAGCAGGAGGAGCAGGAGGAGCAGGAGGAGAAGGAGGAGAAGGAGGAGAAGGAGGAGAAGGAGGAAGAGGAUGACCGCGACAUGAACAAGAAGUGUCACAAGGCGGCGGAGAUUGCGGACGACAACAGCUUCAGAUGCGCCAUUUGCGAUCUUGAUUACAACAGCCGCGUAAAUCUCACUGGCCACUACAAGAAGCAUGUGGAAGCAAAGUUCUUUGACAAAUCGUUUCAAUGUCCGGAAUGCCGACGGAACAAGGUCUAUGUUGUUGUAGAAGAAAGCUAUCCUGCUUGGUUGAAUCAUCUCGAAAGGUUUCACGGCAAGCGCUAUACACCGCGUUUUCCACAGGCCUCGAACACACCAGCCAAAUACCCAUGCCCCUUCUCCAAUUUUGGAACUAAAGGCAAGCACAGGAAUUUCACCUUCCGAAGUUUGGUCGGUCACUUCACUCGUGGUCAUCGUCCCGAACAGGACGCCAAGACGAAAGGCAGGUUUAAAAACGCGAUCGAAUACCCUAAAUGCGCACAUCAAGCAGACCGGGAUGGUGCUGUACCGUCAAUUGAGAGCAUCUGGGACUGGAAACAGCAUUUGGAUCUGGCUCACGAUGACCAACAGCAAACAAUGUACCAGUGUUUCCUCUGUCGGGAUCUUAUCCGUACCCCUCGGGGCCUUAAGUCGCACUUCUGGAACGCACACGAAAAUGGAGAGAACUUCUUCGCAAAUCCUUUCUCGUGUCCAGAGUGCGUCCGAAUUGGGCUGACUAACCAACCCGAGAUCCUCGGAAGGAAGGCAUGGCAAGAACAUGUCGAUCAGUACCAUAAUGGAGGGGCCAAGGAGAUCCUAGUCGGCGGAACUAUUCAUGCCUUCCGAGAACAUCGAGCCCAAAUCUCGGAUCUUCAAAAUGAUGGGGUUCAUCUCGACGGCUCCGUGACACCCACGCCCAGGAGAACCAGCCAUAAGAGCGACAGGGAGCCGGACCUGCGAUCAGACGCCGAGAUUAUUCGGUCGGACGCAGCCGACCUGGUGUUGGACAUCGCACCGUGUACGGAUGCUCGAAAUCCGAGACCUGGACAGGGAGAAAGAGGGAACAAGAGAAAGAAAAAUGAGAGAGAACUUGAUCCAGAGCCGAACAGGAAGACCAAGCGACGUCACUAUCGUCUUGGAUGUACUCCUACUCUGAACACCCAACCUGUACUGGAAUCUGAUAUCCCCAUUGACCCUGCUCUCUAUGAAUUAGUGUUUUAA